UAAACGGUCGCACACCUCUCUGCACUUCAGCUUUCAGCUGGCUGCUGGUCCGGAGCAAGCUGCUCAGAUCCGCUUUUUAAAUCCGCUUUUACACCUGAACGACGAUAAUAAUACUCCUACCCUCUCCAUUUAGCUUUCACCAUAAUUAAAACACUGCUCCCCUUUGCUCCGUUCAUCUCAACCACAGCAACGAGGAAACGCAUCCGAACUGAACUCUUCUCCCAUUUCAAAGGAAAAGAGUUGACAGGAGCUUCUCCAGAACCAGGACCUUAUGGAAACAAGAUGGAAGAAUUCCUCAUAUCUCUGAUGAAGUAGAGCCCCCACAAACAAACUCCCAUCCUCCAUUUCCUCUUCCCUCACUUUCAAAGGGUUGCAGAAUGGAUGAGCAAAGAUGCCCUCUCCCUCCUCCCCUCAAAACAGAAGAAGACUACAUUCCUUAUCCUAGUGUCCACGAGGUUUUGGGUCGCCAUAGUCCUUUUCCACUCAUUCUGCUGCCCCAGUUUGGAGGAUACUGGAUUGAAGGGACCAAUCAUGAACCUAAAGACCCACCAGAUGCUGAUCAACUUCCCUGUCCUUCCUCCUACAUUAAACUGGAGACAAACAGCACUGCCAAGAUCUACAGAAAACAUUUCAUGGGCAAGGAACAUUUUAAUUACUAUACCAUGGAUGCUGCCCUGGGUCACUUGGUCUUUUCAGUGAAGUAUGAUGUCAUUGGGGAUCAGGAGCAUCUGCGCUUGAUGCUACGCACAAAGCUAAAAACUUAUCAGGAUGUGAUUCCCAUCUCCUGCCUCACUGAGUUUCCCAAUGUGGUUCAGAUGGCAAAGCUUGUUUGUGAAGAAGUAAACGUAGAUAGGUUUUACCCUGUCCUCUAUCCAAAGGCGUCAAGGCUCAUUGUCACCUUUGAUGAGCACGUAAUCAGCAACAACUUCAAGUUUGGAGUCAUUUAUCAAAAGUUUGGCCAGACAUCAGAGGAGGAGCUGUUUGGAAAUAUGGAAGAAAGUCCUGCCUUUGUUGAGUUCUUGGAGUUUCUUGGAAAGAAGAUUGAGCUUCAUGACUUUAAAGGUUUCCGGGGUGGGCUUGAUGUCACUCAUGGACAGACGGGGACAGAAUCCGUCUACACAAGUUUCCAUAAUAAGGAGAUUAUGUUUCAUGUGUCCACCAAACUGCCUUACACAGAAGGAGACUCACAGCAGCUGCAGAGGAAAAGGCACAUAGGCAAUGACAUUGUAGCCAUCGUGUUCCAGGAGGAAAACACACCCUUUGUACCAGAUAUGAUCCAAUCCAACUUCCUGCAUGCAUAUGUAGUUGUGCAAGUGGAGAAUACAUGCUCAGGCAAUGUCACCUACAAGGUGUCUGUAACUGCCAGGGAUGAUGUACCUUUCUUUGGGCCUGCUCUACCUGACCCAGCCAUCUUCAAAAAGGGCCCUGAGUUCCACGAGUUCCUUUUCACCAAGCUCAUCAAUGCAGAAUACGCGUGCUACAAGGCUGAGAAGUUUGCCAAGCUUGAAGAGCGCACACGUUCGGCCCUGUUGGAAACAUUGUACGAGGAGCUGCACAUCAACAGUCAAUCCAUGAUGGGUCUGGGUGGAGACGAUGAUAAGCUGGAAAACGGGGGUGGAGGGGGAGGUGGCGGCUUCUUUGAAUCCUUUAAGCGGGUCAUCCGCAGCAGAAGCCAGUCUAUGGACGCCAUGGGCCUCAGUAACAAGAAGUCACACACAGUCUCAACUAGUCACAGUGGCAGCUUUACCCACAAUCCCGCAGAGAGCCCCAAAACCCCAGGGAUUUCAUUGCUUGUCCCAGGGAAAAGUCCCAGUAAAUAUGGACGUCGAGGCAGUGCCAUAGGGAUAGGAACAAUAGAAGAGUCUUUGAUCAUUCCUGGGAAAAGCCCAACCAGGAAAAAGUCUGGGCCCUUCAGCUCCCGUCGCAGUAGUGCCAUUGGCAUCGAGAACAUCCAGGAGGUUCAAGAGAGGAGCCGAGAGGUGUCGCCCAGCACCCAGAGGACACCAGACAGCAGCCAUUUGUCACAGGAAAACAAAUCGGACAACUCUUCCAAUCACAGCUCUCCAGAGUUUACUGCGACAAAGAACAGUUUGGCAAUGUCUUGCAGGGCACCUUCUAUCCCAGAGGCUCAGGACCUUUCUCGCUCCUCCUCCAAUGCCAGCAGCUUUACAAGUGUUGUGGAAGAGCACGAAGAGGAGGAAUACGACACUGGACUGGAAAGUGUAUCUUGUGUUACUCCCAUAAAAAGACACUCAUUUGUAUACAGCUCUGGGGUGGAGGACAGUUCAUGCAGCCAAGGAACUGUUCCAGCAGCUUCUCGUAUUCACCAACCACAGGAUGGAGUGAAGUCAUCAGAGCCAAAAGGGACAGACAGUCAGCCCAAGAUGGAGCGCCCCCAGCAGGAGCACAAGUUCUCAUCGAAUUGUUAGCCUCUCUCCUCUGAGCAUUAUAUUGAUGUCCAUCUUCAGCGUCCCCAUAAGUGGCAUUCCUUGGCAAAAAGAACAAGCCAAGAAGGGCAUGUGAAGUCCACAACUGAUGCAGCAAAGGAGCCCAUGGCAGCCAAACUGAUGGAACCUCCCUUGUAUGUUCGUCAUGGAUCUGCUGCUUAUCAUGACAGACACCCAGCUCCACGGACAUGUACUGACCUACAGCCCUUACUCCAUUCUCCAUGUGGAAACCUUGAGAGCUGAAGGCAAAGGAAGACAGACCUCCACACCCAUGCAGCAUCUUAACUGUCAUCUGUCAGCUGGCUUAGCACAGUGAAUUUGCUCACCUGACAAAUCUCCAGACCAGUAAGCUCUGAAACCCGAUUCUUACACAUCAUGAGUUCUCUUGGAAGGUCAUAAUGUGAAUAAGGAUUUUAAAUGUUGGUUGGAAAAAAAGCCAAGACUGAUCAAAAGUCAGUGUUUGUUUAGCUUGCACAGAGUUGCACUACAGAGUCUUUUUAUUUUGUUUGUUUUUUUAUGUCAGAUUCACAUCCCACUGUGAUAUUGUACAUAGGUUUAACUUUGAUGUACCAGGUGUGUGAGCUUUCUGUCAGGUUAUGUUUUGUGUUUUAUUGAUGAUAUUUUCCUUACUGGGUAUGUUGCUGUGGAUAUUUAUUGUUUUACAACAACUUUGUCCAAUUUGUUAGGGUGUGAUGUUAUUGCUGGUUGCUUAAAAAAUCCACCCUUCCUCAUGUGGAUGAAGAGGAAAAAUAUACUAGAAAAUGUGUGCAACAGAGAAAUUCUUGUAAAGAGGAUGGUCAAAUAAGGAAUUUUGAUGCAACAAAUAUGCAUCCUCAGUCCACACUUUCAGGUACUGCUGUUUAGACUUCUUCCUCCAAAUGCCGUCUAUCUCACACCCCACCUGUUGAUGUCUGUACUGUGCAUGGUGUAAAUCUGCUUGCCAAAACCCUCUUCUCUGCACACCGGUGCAAUGCUUGACAUAGUGUUGUCCCAGUGAUCUGUGUUUUUAUUGAGAACCAGCUAAUAUCGCCAAAUGCAGUGCACAUCGCUGAUAGUGAGACAAAUGUCACCUUUAUUUGUAAAGCGUAAUAUAUGUAUUUGACCUAGGUAAGCACUACACCGUUACUCCCAAACGCUGUCCUUUUUGAAGAACAUGAUUUGUUGAUGAAUGAUUUACACUGUGACUUGUCUUGAAGUUGCCUUUCUGAUCGUGUUACUGAAGCUGCUUUCAGAGGUCAUGUUUAAAGGCAUCGUGUUGCCAAAUGGCUUGAAUGUAAAACUGAGCAGACAUGGAUUUAUUUGAACAUUUAUGCUGCUGUGAAUGGUGAUACUCUUUCAGUUCUUGACUGCAGUGAGUGCACCUUUACAGGGGAGAAAAGGUUUUGGUUUUUUUAUUUAGUGUUUUAAUUUUUAUUAUAAAGGAAAGAAGUGAUACAUGGACUCAUUUUCAGUAAUUUGACUGAAGUACAUUUUUAUUGUCAAGUAAGUAAAUGAUGUAAAAUACAAAAAGUUAGACCCCUAGACCCAAUGCAAAACACCCUGCAGUGUAAACUGUAUUAAGAUGGCAUAGAUAAAUAAACAUAAAUCAGUUGAGACAUUUUUAGUCACAGUAACAAGAAAGGGUUACUGUCUUUUAAAUUGAGUUUUGGAGGAAAUAAAUUUGUUCUUCUCUCAAAUUGUUAUAUUGGGACAUGAAAAUACUUGAGUUGAUGAAGUCUGCCCUCUUGUGGCUCUGUAAUAUUAUUGCACAUUGUUAUGUGGUACCGUUUAUCUAUUUGUGCUUGUACUGUAUGCCAGUGGCCAAGAACCACUUCAACACUGGGAGAAAAUCUUCUAUGUGCUUGAUUCAAAUGAUUGUAUUUCUGUUUCUGUUUUAUUUUAGUUUGUUUUUUUAAUUGUUUGCUUUAACCCUUGUUCAAAAUAUUUGUUUGUAAAUAUCGCUUUUCAUCUUUUUUUGUAAAUGAAGCCAACAAAAAUGAUUAUUAAAGAUAAAGAUGCACACCAA